GGCUUCGGCUGCAGCAUGAAGACCGGGGUGGUUGCCCUGGUCGGGGGGUUGCUGGGGGGCUUGGGGGUGCUGUGCUUCUUGGUGGCGUUCGGUACGGAUUACUGGCUGCUGGCGAGCGAUGACUGCGGGGGUCUCGGACAGCUGGAGACCACACUCCACACGGUCAGUGUGGAGAAGCAAGCCAACAGCACUGAGGGAGCAGAGGUGACGGCCCCCGGCCCGCCCCCGCUCACUCUCCAUCACGAGGGCUUCUUCUGGCGCUGUCUGUUCCGGAGCGACCCCUCGCUGCACGUGGUGUGGGCCGUGUUGUUCACGAAUCAGCCGAGACCGAAGGUGUGCACACCUGGAUACCUCUUCCCUCUUCCUGUCGCGGUCGGACCCGUUCCUCAUCCCAUUUAUGAUGCCACUGCAGUGUUCCGUGGCUUCUGGACCAUGUUAAUAAUCCUGGCCAUCGCUGUGAGUGUGACCGGUGGGUUCCUGCUGGUGUGUGCGGUUCCCUUCUUCAGUCACAAACUCUACCGAGCGGGCGGCACCUUUUUCAUCACAGCAGCCUGUCUGUUCCUGGUGCUGGUGGGUCUGUUCGUGUUGUGGAAGGAGCUGGUGGACGUGAGGCGGUACGUCCUGCAGGAGCGAGGGGACGGGUGUCCUGGUGCUCAUUUGGAGGCUCAUUACGGCUGGUCCUUCAUGGUGGCGGUGGCUGGAAUCCCUCUGGUCCUGCUCUCCGGUCUGCUGUUCUUUUGCGUAGGGAAGCACAUCCAGAAACACACGUAAUAAAAGAGCUGCUCGAGGAACUGAUACAGCAGUGGGUGGAGCUGUGAUGGACACCAAUCAAAAUCAUAUGCAUGCAGAAGGAGUGUAAUGUAAAUACAGGACCAUAUAAUGUUAUGAUUUGAUUAUAGAUUUAUAGAUUUCAUCAAAAUAAGAAUUUAUUAAAGGAAAACUCUUGUGUAAAUUUGACUUUUGUUGUGGUAAAACAUGUUAAAAAGUACUUACCUUUGUUGAAUAGCCCACCUCUGCUCUCCCGCAGCUUUCUGAGAUCCAGGAAUUUUGUACUUUUUGCCCAGCACUCUUUGCACUUGCCCUGUAGGUUACGCUACAGGUUGUAAACAACGUUUUUAAUAAGCUUUUUUAGUCUUUUAUAGUUAUUAAUGCCUCAAUUUAAAUGUCAGGGCUCUCCAGAUUCUACCAAUGAGGUGUGGAGUUACUUUGAGCCUGAAUAACGGUGUAAAUAAAGCGAUUUAUCAGGGGCAAAAUAUGCCCUGAAGUGGCCAUUGUAAAGAUUUCUGGGCAAAAGCCAAUUUUACACUGGAGUUCUCCUUUAAAACUAAUUUUUAAAAAAUAUACUAAAAUCGAAUAAUUUUUUCUAGAAAUUGCUCACAUACUUAAUUAAAUUUAAUUGGGAAUGAAUGAAAUUGGUCUAAUCUUAGGUUGGAUGUUAAUCUCUGAAUUUCUGAUUUUUUUAAAAAACAUUUUAUAAUGAUUUUAUUGGUAUCAGAGAGGAACCAUAGAAGCCAGCUGUAAUACGAAUAUUACCUAUUAUUUCCCCAAAACAAAAACAUACAGUCUCUACUCGCAUUUCUUUUAUCAUAUCAUAAAAAAUACAGACAAAGUGCAUCUUUAAUAAUAAUUAAGAGAUAUGUUAUAGAUAAUAAAGUUAUAGGUAGUACAGUUAUAGAUAGAAUAUUAAUACAUUUUUUAAGCUGCACAUUUUAUAAAAGUUUAUAGUGACUUUUUUUUUUGCAUCUAUGAAUACCUUUAUAUUUUAUUUUAUUUUCAGUCAUGAUAUGCAUAAAUAAAUAUGAUUACAAGUUGUCGUUUUUUCUUUUCACAUUAUAAUAUAAUAUUAGAACUAAAAACGUAAAAAUGUUAAAUACAUUUAGUGGAGAACUUUUAGUACUGAACAUUGAACUAUUUGCUUGUACAAAAAAAGCUAAAUAGUAGAACCAACGAAUGGGAUUUUAACUUUUCAAAAUGAGCAAGAAAGAUUUCCAUUCUCGAUCAGUGUAAAGCUGGAACAUUGUGCGCCAAAACAUUUUGUUUUGUAGCAUUUGUCAAAAUUUGCAACUAUGUUUCCAUGAAGUGUUUUAAACAUAAAACAUUUUAACUACGUUUUGAGACUUUGAAAAACUCUCAGUAAUAAAGAUUUAUAUUCUACAGCAAAAUGAAUAUUUAGGAAAUCUGAGAAAGUGCCUCGAAAUGCUACUACUAAAAAUAUAGCAGUUUAUUGUCCUUAAGAAAAUGAUGAUAAAAGAUCCCCUAAAACCUUGUUAAAAAAAUUGUACAGACGCACAAUUUUAAGCAGGACUGGUUUAAUUUGCGUAAAUUAAAUGCAAUAAGCCUGAAGCUAAUAUACUGUAGUAUAAUAAAGAUAAUUUACUGCAUUCACACUGAUCACAAAAAUCAGUUUUUUAAUUCCUAUACCUGUACUUUCCAUAAGCCCGUAGAUUUUUUAGAAUACACGGAUCUGUUUACAUGUUCUGGAACUGUAAUAACUGAGCAGAUUACCUGCUCUCACACUUGUACUGUUCUCUGGAACGCCUGCUGUAUUUUGAUGAAUAUUGUGUAAUAUAUUUGUCUGACACUAA